AAACAUAACAAUCAAAAAAUUACAUUAUUUUGGUGCAUUGUUGUUUUCGGUUUUAACGAAAUAUCGUCUUAAAAUUAGAAAACUGAAUUCGAUAAUUGCAUCAAAAUAAGUAAAGUCAAGAUGGACAGAAAGCAUCAAUGCCCGACAUGCGGAAAAGAAUUACGACAUAAAUAUAAUUUGCAAAGACACAUGCGAAUUCAAACGAGUGAAAAGCCGUAUAAAUGCAAUUUGUGCGGAAAAAGCUUUUCGGAUUACAGCAAUUUGAAUCGUCAUUUGAAAGUGCAUUCAAAUAAAAAGCCGUUCAAGUGCAAUUACGAUGACUGUAAAAAAAGCUUCAAAAGUAAAUCCGAGUUAAAGCAACACACGUACGCAUUGCAUUCUGAUGAAAUUUUAUCUGAAAUUCCACCGAACGACCCGAAGAUAAUGAGUCGUAUUUGUAAAAUCUGCAAAAAAGUUUGUCAGUCUCCCGCUGCUUUAAAGACUCACAUGAGAACUCACACCGGAAAGUCGCCAUUUUCGUGUAAUUUUUGCAAUGCCACUUUCAAUACCAAAAGUAUUUUAAACAGGCACAUCAGAAGUAUCCAUCUAAAAGAGAAAACUCCAUAUUGCACCGAAAAAAGAACAAAAGACGUUCAAAGAGAGCAGAGAAAAUCAUUUGGACAACCAUCAACAAGUUUUCAAAGACCAGAGUCAAUUGAAUUUGAAGAAAUUCCAUCAGAUCAGAAUCUUUUUACUUUAAAAGAAUUCCUUGAAACCGUUAAUGUCAAUUUAGGAAUUGUCCAACAAAAUUUACAUAAUUCAGAAAGAACACAAGACGUUCAACGAGAGCAGAGAGAAUCGUUUGAACAAUCAUCGACAAGUUUUCAAAGACCACAGUCAAUUGAAUCUGAAGAUAUUUCAUCAGAGGAGAAUCUUUUUACUUUACAAGAAUGUGAAGAAUUUCUUGAAAAUGUUAACGUGAAUUUAGAAAUUAUCAAAUUGGAAGGCUGGCUCCUCACAAGUGACAUUUUUCCCAGAAAUGGACGUUGA